AAAUGAGAAGAGUGUUAUAUACUUACAGAGGAGGGACGUCAUAACCCGACCUUACAGAGAAAAACAGGAUCGUACCAAAACAGAAAUAAGUUGGCCAGUUGUCGCGUCGUCUCGGAUGUACUAGCUAUGGAUUGAAAGCGCAUAUGUUUUUGUAUUUGUCGUUCACAUUUUAAUUUGUAAAUUUUGGAGAAUUUGUUUCCUCGAAUGCUUCGUAGCAUUAAACAGGGCCCGGGCAGCGACGAUAGCUUGUAUUCUUUUUUUGUUUUCUUUCCUUCUCCCCAUUCGCUUCGACGAAUCAGUGAAGGCAGUGAGCACAACCUAAGGCGACACUGAUUGCAAACGGAAUGAAAGUUUGUGAAGAGGGAAUAUUCGACGCAGGUAUUCUACAUGGCUGGGCGUGGAAUAUAACUUGUGCUGGUGGCGUCUACAAAAAAGACUUGUAAUUGCCUCCAAAGAAAAGCAAAUUCGUAGAUGACAGUAAGCGAACUACCAAAACAUAACGCUGGAGAUCUGUUAGACGUAUGCGUGGGUAGCUUGGAAACGCUAAUGUUAUGGCAGCCUGUCGAGGUUGAUGCGGAUAUUCGCCACAGGCACUCUUGUUUAUUAGCUUGGCUAGUCAGUUAGCGGGUUGGUUACUUAGCCACAACUUUUUGCAACGCGACAAAUAUUAGCUACUAUCUUAAAGGCUGCGCUUGAGUAAAAGGUGGCCGUUUCCGUUCCGUUUGGCUCUGGUAGCCCAGGCGAGGCAUUUUGCCUACGCAGUGUUGUUAAAAUGAACGCAGAUAAGGGGUGCACCAUACCAGAUAAUAUCGGAUCUCCGUUUCCACUCUAUUGGAGUGGUACUUCAAGCUAAUAUAAUGUUGCAGUGCAAUCUUGAAGAUUAACGUAUAGCUACCAGCUGUAGAGCUAACAUAUCGGAUCAAAAUAUCCGCUCAAUCCGAUGACUGUGGAUGAUGACACGCUGUUAAUUAGAUAUCAAUCCAGACUUGCAUAUUGGCAGAACGUUUGCAGCCUAGUUUUUUUCAGGCAGAACAUUUCUUCUCAGUUUACAGUAACGUUAUUCAAUGUUCCAUUCCAUUCCAGGCGAGGCAGCUAGUUUCACAGUUGAGUCCAGACUAGUUGUGUUUAUCUGAUGUCAUAAGUUUCAACGCAGAAGUACCAAUUCGUUUCUUUGUAAAAAAAAAAAAAACAAUAACGGGCAUCCUGUUGAUAUUUUGUGACACUCCUUGGAUUUCUUAGCUAGCAAACGGUGACUUGUGUCAGAAUUCUGGGCCACAAUGACAGAAAACGCACCCACACGAAGUCUUGAUGACAUCGACCUCGCUGCCCUGCGGGACCCAGCAGGGAUCUUCGAGCUGGUGGAGGUCGUUGGCAACGGCACCUACGGACAGGUGUACAAGGGGCGGCAUGUGAAGACAGGACAGCUGGCUGCCAUCAAGGUGAUGGAUGUGACGGAGGAGGAGGAAGAGGAGAUCAAGGCGGAGAUCAACAUGCUGAAGAAGUACAGCCACCACCGCAACAUCGCCACCUACUACGGGGCCUUCGUCAAAAAGAGUCCGCCGGGACAUGAUGACCAGCUCUGGCUGGUGAUGGAGUUUUGUGGGGCAGGGUCGGUGACAGACUUGGUGAAGAACACUAAAGGCAACUCACUGAAGGAAGACUGGAUAGCCUACAUCUGCAGAGAGAUCCUGCGGGGCCUGUCUCACCUCCACGCCCAUAAGGUCAUCCACAGAGAUAUCAAGGGUCAGAAUGUUCUGCUCACGGAGAACGCCGAGGUGAAACUUGUGGACUUUGGGGUGAGCGCUCAGCUGGACCGAACCGUGGGCAGGAGAAACACCUUCAUCGGCACUCCCUAUUGGAUGGCUCCCGAGGUCAUCGCCUGCGACGAGAACCCCGACUCCACAUAUGACUACAGGAGUGAUAUCUGGUCUCUCGGGAUCACAGCCAUAGAAAUGGCAGAAGGGGCACCUCCGUUGUGUGACAUGCAUCCUAUGCGGGCCCUCUUCCUCAUCCCCAGGAACCCUCCACCCAAACUCAAGUCAAAGAAAUGGUCCAAGAAGUUCAUUGACUUCAUCGAGGGUUGCCUGGUCAAGACGUACCCCAGCCGGCCUUCCACCGAGCAGCUGCUCAAGCACUCCUUCAUCCGGGACCAGCCCACCGAGAGGCAGGUGCGCAUCCAGCUCAAGGACCACAUCGACCGCACCCGCAAGAAGCGCGGCGAGAAAGAGGAGACUGAGUAUGAGUACAGUGGCAGUGAUGACGACGAUGAGAACCGUGGGGACGACCGAGAGUCCAGCUCCAUCCUGAACGUCCCGGGCGAGUCGACGUUGCGGCGGGACUUCCUGCGUCUGCAGCAGGAGAACAAGGAGCGCUCGGAGGCCCUGAAGCGGCAGCAGGCCCAGCUGGCCGCGCAGCGCCGCGACCCCGAGGAGCACAAGCGCCAGCUGCUGCACGACCGCCAGAAACGCAUCGAGGAGCAGAAGGAGCAGAGACGCCGCCUGGAGGAGCAACAGAGAAAAGAGCGAGAGAUGGUGCGACAGCAGGAGAAGGGCCCCCACCGCCGGCUGGAUGACAUGCGGAGGGAGGAGGACCGGAGGAUGGCCGAGCGAGAGCAGGAGUUCAUAAGGCAUAAGUUAGAGGAGGAACAGCGACAGUUAGAAAUACUCCAGCAGCAGUUGCUUCAGGAGCAGGCCUUGCUCAUGGAGUACAAGCGUAAGCAGCUGGAGGAGCAGCGCCAGUCGGAGCGUCUGCAGAGGCAGCUGCAGCAGGAGCACGCCUACCUGGUGUCCCUGCAGCAGCAGCAACAGCAGCAGCAGCAGCAGGACAAGAAGCCCCAGCUCUACCACUACAGCAAGAACCUGGAGGCCAACAACAAGCCGGCGUGGGCCCGCGAAGUGGAGGAGCGGAGCAAGCUGAACAGAACGGGCUCGCCUAAACUCUGCACCACCGUGUCCGACACCAACAUCCAGUCACGCUCUGACUCCAUCAACCAAUCAGGGGCUGCACAGGCUGCCCAGACCCCGCCCAUGCAGCGUCCGGUCGAACCGCAGGGUGGACAGGGCAAGUUCCAGAUGGCCCACCUGGUGCCACUGAAGCCGUACGCGGCGCCCGUGCCCCGCUCGCAGUCCCUGUGCGACCAGCCCACUAAGACCAUGUCCGCCUUCCCCACGCAGGAGCCCUCCCCCACCCCCACCCCCCGCCCGCUCCACCCCCGCGAGCUCGUGCGCCAGAACUCCGACCCCACCUCCGAGAGCCAAGCCCCGCAGCCGCGGCCAAUGAGGGACGACCGCGGGCCCUGGAUCCGCCUCCCCGAGAUCGAGCAGCCACCGAAAAUUCCCCAGCGGACUACCUCCAUCGCCACGGCGCUGAACACCAACCUCUCCUCUGGGAUCAGACAUCCAGUCCGCGCCAGUAAUCCCGAUCUGAGCCGCAAUGACCGCUGGGAGAGGGGGGACAGCAUGAGCGUGGUGUCCAACCUGCCGCAGACAGGCUCCCUGGAGCGACACCACAUCCUGGGCUCCUCUAAAAUGGAUUCGUCUCCCAUCCUGCACCACGACGGGCGGCACAAGCCAGGGGAGUCACGCACCUCCUCGCGACCCAGUCGCCCAGCGAGUUAUAAGCGAGCUAUAGGAGAGGACCACGGGCUCUACUCUAAGGAGCGGGCUGAAGAGCAGCCCAGACCCCCGGCGAAGGCCAACGACUACUCCUCUUCCUCGGAGAGUAGCGAGAGCAGUGAGGAGAGCGAGAGCGGAGAAGGACCGGAGGAGGAGGAGAGCCCAACUGACCGUCCGCGGGAUGCAGACACCGACUCUGUGAACACCAUGGUGGUCCAUGAGGAAGAGGAAGGAGAGGUGAGAGAGGAGGAGCGAGCUGGAGGGUACGGGGACCAGACAAUGCUGGUGCAACGAACUCCAGAGAAGCGUAGCCAUAAUGGUUACACCAACCUGCCUGACGUGGUCCAGCCCUCCCACUCCCCCACUGACUCCACCUCCUCGCCAGGGAAAGACUCUGCCUAUGAUUAUCAGUCACGUGGUCUGGUCAAGGCAUCUGGCAAGUCCUCCUUCACUACUUUUGUGGAUCUGGGAAUGUACCAUCCACAAGGUGGGACAGGGGAGUCCAUUCCAGGAACUUUGGGGCCGCGGUUUGAGCAGCUGAAGGCUGAAGUGCGCAAGGGCUCCAUGGUGAACGUGAACCCCACCAAUACUCGCCCCCACAGCGAUACGCCCGAGAUCCGCAAAUACAAGAAGCGUUUCAACUCUGAGAUUCUGUGCGCUGCUCUGUGGGGUGUGAACCUACUGGUCGGUACAGAGAAUGGACUGAAACUGUUGGACCGUAGCGGUCAGGGGAAAGUCUACCCCCUCAUCAACUCGCGCAGAUUCCAGCAGAUGGACGUCCUAGAGGGACUCAACCUGCUCAUCACUAUAUCAGGGAAGAAGAAUAAAGUGCGUGUGUACUACCUGGCCUGGCUCCGCAAUAAGAUUCUGCACAACGACCCCGAGGUGGAGAAGAAACAGGGCUGGACCACUGUUGGGGAGAUGGAGGGCUGUGUGCACUACAAAGUGGUGAAAUACGAGAGAAUCAAAUUUCUGGUCAUCGCUUUGAAGAAUGCAGUGGAGGUGUACGCCUGGGCUCCCAAGCCUUAUCACAAAUUCAUGGCUUUCAAGUCUUUCAGUGACCUGCCCCAUAGGCCCUGUUUGGUGGAUCUGACGGUGGAGGAGGGCCAGAGGCUUAAGGUCAUCUACGGGUCCAGCGCUGGCUUCCAUGCCAUCGAUGUGGACUCUGGAAACAACUACGACAUCUACAUCCCUGUGCAUAUUCAGAGUCAGGUGACUCCCCACGCCAUCGUGUUCCUGCCAAGCUCUGACGGCAUGGAGAUGCUGCUCUGCUACGAGGAUGAGGGCGUCUACGUCAACACCUACGGCCGCAUCAUCAAGGAUGUGGUGCUGCAGUGGGGAGAGAUGCCCACCUCUGUGGCGCACAUCUGCUCCAACCAGAUCAUGGGUUGGGGCGAGAAGGCCAUUGAGAUCCGUGCCGUGGAGACGGGCCAUCUUGACGGCGUCUUCAUGCACAAGAGAGCCCAGAGGCUCAAGUUCCUGUGCGAGAGAAACGAUAAGGUGUUUUUCGCCUCGGUGCGCUCUGGGGGCAGCAGCCAGGUGUACUUCAUGACUCUGAACAGGAACUGCAUCAUGAACUGGUGAACAGCAAGGAGCUCCCACUGCCAUUCCACUCUGCUGUUUGUGCUUGUUGUCGUUGAGGUUAUCUUCUACUCCCUACAACAAGCCCUCUUUUCAUACGCCUGUACACACCACACAAUGUUUAAACGAUGUUGCUUGCAUACAGCUCAGAACCGAUGGGUGCAGCUGUGUUCUGCUCUAUUACCGAGACACAUGUGUACCCACUUAAAUGCUGUUAUCAGUAUCCCCACAGAUCUUAUACAAAUGUAUUCUCACACACACACUCACACACACACACACCUAAAGCCACAUGCAUGCACCUUGGGCGCUGGUACGUGGGGUUGGAGCUCUAUUCUGAAAUCCUCACCAUUGUGAGAUUCCCUGGUGUUGCCUCUGGGUGUAAUAUAGUGGGUUGUUUUUUUUUUUUUUCUUUUCCUCUUCUGAGAGGCGCCCCCGUCUCGCGCAUGGUGCACUCCAGAAGCUCACAGUAGACACGAAUCCAGAACAGGCUCCAGACGUCCUCUGUACAUAGCCCUGUAUUAACACACCACAUCAGUCCUCCAACAACAUUCCUUCCUAUCCUGAUCAACAGAAAUUAUGAUAAGCUGUACAGAAAAAAAUGAUUUUGAAAUGUUAGAGAAAUUUUGUUUUUGCGGGGGAGCCAAAAAUCAACAAGCAGUCUGUCAUUAUCAUUUAAUCAGAGCUAGCAUAUUAGAGACUGGCAGGCCUGUCUACUGUAUUAAGCUUCCUGUUGGGGUGACGCCUUUGCAGAGCUCUUUGCCUGAAAUGUACUGCAACAGCACACUCUAGAGUUUAGGAGUGGCAUUGCAACGCCUGUAAUUUACCAUUCAUCACUUUGUAGUCUUGUAGAGCAGGUUUUCAUGCAGGCAAAAAAAAAUAAUUCAUAGUGGUUGACUUUUCAUUUACAAAAUAGGGGUUGUGUGUGGGGGGGGGGGCUUUUAACGCUGACAAUUCUCUUCACCUGUUGGCCUCUAAUUGAAAAACACUCUUGCAGUGGCGGUACCCGGGUAAUCACAGUGGUACCUGGACCGGAAUGACUUUUGAGUCAGACACUUUGUUGGGCCGGUAGUAAACACACACAUUACGGGCAGUUGAACACAUGCUAAACGCGGAGCGUCACUGUGCCCCCAGACUGCUGCUCGGCCUCUGCUUCUUGCUUCUCACCCUGCUGUGCGUUAAGAAACCUACGAAACUAAAAAUCUAUUUGUCCAAGUAACGGAAAACAUGUACUCCUACAUAGGAGGCAGUCGAUCCAAUUUCUUUUGAAUGGCAGUCUUUUUUUUUCCCUCUCCAUGUCCUAAGUUCCUCUAUAUCUAAGGCGAUUUGAUAUUCUCCGUACUGUAUCCGUACUUGAUAUUAUUCCUGCUUUUAUUCUCUACUGUUUUAUUGCUGUUCUAUUGCAAUAUGUGCCGUUCUAGUGCCGUUCUCGUUUGAAGUUCUUAGAGGGGACCUCUUCAGUUUUUACAGUGGGAGAAAGGCUUUUUU